UGGUGGAAAUGGUGCCUUCUGUAUCUCUGGCCCUAUUUCUGCUUAUCCUUUGUCUCACCAUAACCCCAGGUGUUUCUGGUCAGGUGACGUGGGUGGUAACUAUGACUCAUUACAGUAUCUGUGCUGUGACUGGAUCAUCAGUGGAGAUGCCCUGCUCUUUCACUCAUCAGCAUAACCCUGAUCUCAUAGUCAAUAAAGUCUACUGGGGGAUUAAUGCCCAAAGGGGCGUGCCAUUACCUGAUCUCUUAAAUAAGCAAGCGUAUACAGGUCGAGUGCAAUACGAAACAGAUAUGAAGAAAACCUGCACAUUGAUGCUGAGUGAUGUGAGAGUCACAGAUACAGCUGACUAUUAUGCCAGGAUUGAAACAACAACAGGAAAGGAGAAAUGGCAAUCAACUAAAGUCACCCUUACUGUCAAAGAAAGAAACAUUACCCUUGCUGUUGAUACAUCUGGACCAGCGAUUGAGGGGAAAGAUGUUAGACUACACUGUAAGAGUCACUGCAAUCUGACACAAAGCUCCAAGAUACUGUGGAAAAAGAAUGGGAAGAAUGUACUUGAUCCACAAACCAACAGUGAUCUGAUACUCCACAACAUCAAGAUUGAGGACGAGGGACACUAUUCCUGUUCAGUGAAAGACAAAGCAUACCAUCCAUCUCCACAAGUGAAGCUUAAUGUCAUGUACCCCCCAAAGAAAACCUCAGUUUCUCUCAGUCCUGCUGGUGAGAUACAUGAGGGCAGUUCAGUGACUCUGACCUGCAGCAGUGAUGCAAACCCACCAGUGGAGAGCUACACCUGGUACAGGACACACAGAACUGCAACAUCUACAGUGGGAUCAGAUCAGAUUUACCCCCUCUUAAGUAUCAGCUCUAAACACAGUGGGCAUUACUACUGUGUGGUGAAGAAUCAAUAUGGUGUUGGUAAUUCUACAGCUGUUCACCUGGAUGUUCAGUAUGCUCCCAGAACCAUCUCAGCAUCAGUCAGUCCCUCUGGUGACAUAGUGGAGGGCAGUUCAGUGAAUCUGACCUGCAGCAGUGAUGCCAACCCACCAGUUCAGAUCUACACCUGGUGUAAACAAGAGAAGAGUGAACAAGUGAGUGAAUCAGCGAUGUCAAAAAUAUCAGCCCAGCAGGUUUACAGCAUCAGUAAAGCCCACUCUGAACACACUGGAUAUUACUACUGUCAGGCUAAAAACAAACAUGGACACUCUGACUCUACAAUUAUGCAUCUGGAUGUUCUCUACCCCCCUAAAGGGACAUCAGCGUCCCACAAUCACACUGGUGAUCUAAAAGAGGGCACUUCAGUGACUCUGACCUGCAGCAGUGAUGCCAACCCACCAGUUCAGAACUACACCUGGUACAGGAAGACUGGAGAUAAAACUGAUAAUGUAGGCUCAGGAAAGACCAUCACCUUCACUCUGGACACCACUACUGCUGGACUUUACCACUGUAAGGCUAAAAAUAGGAUUGCCUCUGAGGAUUCCCAUGCUCUUAAGGUCUCACUGGCAGGCUCGGGAUGGCAAAGUAUGGCUGCGAUAGCAGGAGGAGCUGUUGCUUUCCUCAUAGUUCUCAUCGUGGUCCUGGCUGUUCUUAUGUCCCGAAGGAAGAAGAAUGCGUCCAACUCAACCAUCGUCUCUGGCAGCACAGUCAGGAAUUCACAGGAUGCUGCUGACAACGACUAUGUGAAUGUCAACCCGGCGACCUCUCACCCUGGCCAGAGUGUGGACUCAGAUGAUCAGGAUGAUGUCCAGUAUGCCAGCGUUCAGUUCAAGAGCUCCAGAGAACAGGAGGUGCCCAUUUACUCCACUGUCGAGGAGCCCAAACUCCACUCACAACAGCAGGUGCGGGAGGAGGUGCAGUACGCAGCAGUCAACUUCUCUAGACCCACUGCUGCCACCCAUACCGGUGCAGAUACAGAUGUCUACAGUGCAGUCAGCAAACCCAGAAAGAAGAAGGCCUGCAGGCAGUGUACAGCUCACCAGCAGUAAUGCGUGACCGAUGACCUGAUGGCCGAUGACACACACACACACAGAGAGAGAGAGAUGACCGAUGACCUGAUUGUGUGCACUUUCAAAACAGGCAGACACAUGCAGCACACACACAGAGAGAGAGAGAGAGAGAGAGAGAGAUUACAUGACCUGAUGGUGUCUGCAAUCAGUCUUAGAGGUUUGGGCACUCUCUCAUGAAGAACGAUGGAAUACUGUAGCCUGCUGGUUUAGCUGUGAAGGGUCCAUCAAUUCAUCCAUUAAUUUAUUUUGUCAUUUAUUCAUCUGUCUAAAACAUUUACACAUGAUCAUUCAUUAAGCUGAGACUUUAAUCCAAGGCAAUUUAAGAUGCGAAGCAAAAAAAUAAAAUAAUCAUCUAUCAGUGUGUGAUUCAUUUAAUGUGCUUGUUUUUAUUGUGUUUUCGAUAUAGAAGUGAAUUUUUACCUUGGCACAUUUGCGAAAGUCUUCAAUAGGAAUCUCUUCUGUAUAACAUGACAUUUCAUCACAUUCAACUUC